AUGGCCACUGAGGAUGAUAAUUUCGAUAUUGACAUCUAUGGUGACGGCGGUGGUUACAACGCCAACGACCAAGGGGAUUAUGGCAAGCAUGAAGACACGGAGCUUAUCCUAGAUGCUCCGGAUCAAACACAAAACGGCGGUGCCGGCCAGGGCAACAGCGCUACGAACCAAGGAGCUCAACAAGGGGCCGGAGAGGGCGCUGGUGCUAAUGGGGGACCCGUAACACAGGGACAAGAUGCUCACCAACAAGAAUCAACUCAUGAAACUCCCGCACCCCAACAAGGUGUAAAGCGCAAAGAACACGACGAUCGCCCGUCAGAUCCUGACGCUACAACCGCUCUACUCAUCUCGGACUUGUAUUGGUGGACUACCGAUGACGACAUUCGUGGCUGGAUCAACGAAGCUGGGUGCGAAGAUGAACUCAAGGAUGUAACAUUCAGUGAGCACAAGGUCAACGGUAAAAGCAAAGGCCAAGCAUUCAUUGAAUUCACCACACUUCAAGCCGCGACGGCAUCAAAGCAUAAGAUUGAGAACCUGAAUCUGGCCGGCCAAGGCGGCCGCAAGUACAUGAUUCACUACACAAAUCCUCACACAAACCCGUUCCGCACGCUUCCGAAGGAUGCUCCCAUGCGCAAGGACAACCAAGCGCGCUCCCUUUCGGGAGGAUUCAACUCACCGAACCAGAACAUGAACUUUGGCAUGAAUAACAUGGGUGGGGGCUUCCGUGGUGGACGCGGAGGUUUCAGCAACCGUGGCGGCAUGAAUAACAUGGGAGGCUUCGGCGGUAGGGGCAACUUCCAGAACACGAUGGGCAAUUUCCAGGGCGGCCCCAUGGUAGGAGGUUUCCAGGGAAAUCCCAUGGGUGGGAUGCAGAACUAUGGCUUCAACAAUCGUGGUAAUAUGAUGGGCGGUGGUGGCAUGCGCGGCGGGCCCGGCGGUAUGCGUGGUCGCGGUGGUGGCAUGACUGGACCGAAUAUGAUGGGCAUGCCCGCCAUGAACCCCAUGGGAGGUAUGGGCAUGAACCCGAUGUCUGGUGGGAUGAACCCGAUGAUGGGCGGAAUGGGCGGAAACAUGGCUAUGCAAGAUACAGGCGGGUUCCAAGGCCCCAAUCCAGCUUUCAACCAGGGCUUCUUCCCCCAGAACCAGGGAGUCAACGACGGAUCAUGGAAUCCACAUGGCGCAAAGCGCAGUCGGCAGGAGUAA